AUGGCCAGCAUGAACGAGAGCCGCGAACGCAUUAGACGCGAGAGGGAGAGAGAGAAGAACACGUACACCUCUCCCCGUCUAGCACUCAGGAGAGUUCUGCUGCUCGCCGAAGGCAGGCAGUUCCGGGAGGCGGCCGCUAUCUUGGCCAGGCUCGGGCCUGGCGUGCUGCAAAGCGUCGCAUCAGAACUGCCGAUAGACCUCCUGGUGGAAGCGCUGCCUCAUUCCGCGCAUUUGAUAGAAACUUUAUUAAACAGGUUGAUAUCGUUGGAGAUAACCCCACGGCCGGAGCUGCAAUGCGAGGCGGUCGCGUGGCGGUUGGUGGGUCUUCUGGGUGGAGACCAGGGCUCGGGUCUGCGCGCGAGGACCGCCAGGCUUGCGAACGCCCUCGUCCAGUACACGCCCGAUGCUAGAGAUGCCGUCGAUGCCAGAAGGAGACAGCUAGAUUCCGCCGUCCAAGGUUUGGGCACGCACGGUCUCACUGCGGACUCCUCCGGUACUCUCAUCUCUCUGCACAUCGCAAUGAAGAAUGAGCUGCAGCGACACGUCGAGGUCUUUAAGCAGGCGCUACACAAGCUGGAGGAAUUGUCUCCGGUGACCCUGCACAGCGAUCCGGCGUCCUCCUCCCACCAACGGCUGCUGUCUCUGUCGCACGCUGAUGUCGAGAGACGGCUCAUCGACAACAAGUCUCUCCUCACCGCCAUCGACAAGCCGGCGCUAAGACAGCUGCCUAUACUCGUUUCGGAGUUGGCCGCGAGGGUGGAGAGUGACAAGGCGGUACUGGCCUGCAUCGGCCAGAUAAAGAGGAGUGACCCCACUUUGGACCUAAGUGACACACGGCCGGUGGCUGGAGUGUUGAUGAGUUACUCGCGCGGCUGCGCUGCAGUGCUGGGGCUCAUGUCGGAGGGUGAGGGAGGGGCCGAGAGGGGAGGAGAGGGUACGCCCCGCUCACACACUGACUCCGCGAGUGACGGCUACCACUCAGACAGUGACGACUCCCAGCAGCAUCCUGACAGGAGUGCACUGGUGUCCCAGUACGCAGCAGUCUGGUCGAAGGCCGCUGAGGAGGUACUCCCAGCGUUGGAUGCUCUUGAACAGCUGAAGGCGACUCCGCACCUCAAAUACAAAAUAGUGUUCUCGGUUGCAGUGCUGUCGUUCCGCGCUGCCAUCAGCCUGCGCGAGAGGCGUCUGUCCGAAGUGCGCGCGCUGCUGGGCGCGGAGGAGGAGCAGUCGGCCGCCGCGGCGGGUCUGCUAGCGGCUGCCACACGCGUGUUGCGUACCACCGCUGCCACCUUCCCGCUGGGCGAGGCCGAACGGACGGUCGUUGGACAGGUGGUGGGAACUUUGCGUGAGUACCCCUGCUUGGCUAGUUGCGGCGCGCUGCACUCAUUGGCGGCGGCUGCCUGCCGCGCCGCCUGGGCCCUUGGGCUGCAUUCGCCGCCCCUACGCAUCGACACAGAUUUCACGCCCGUGGUGAUGACGCCGGAGAGGCACGUGCGCGUGAGCGGCAGCUCGCGGCGCUCCGACCUGAUCCGCUCCUUCGUCUGGCCAGCCCUGCUGGACGGGGGCCGCUGCGUGUUCCGCGCGGUUGUCCUCACC